AUGAGCUCUACAUGGUCAUCACAUGAACAGCACCAGAUGCAAAUAACUCGACCCAAACAAGAUAUCGCAGGCUCCAACAACAUGGACGACGAGUAUAUGAAACAGCUAGAAGCUCAGCGUCUUGCCUUUGAGGCACAGUUUGGGACUCUGGAGAGCAUGGGCUUCGAGGACAAGACCAAGAAUGCACAUAGCGAUGACGAUGACGAUAAUGUUAGUCAGUCUGAAUCAGAGGACGAGAAGGAAAGUGAGUCUGCAUCUGGUUCUGACACAUCGUUCUAUGGGUUCGACGAGAUAGAGGAGUCAGAUCUUGAAGAAGACUUGCCUGAAAAGAAGCAACCCGUCAGACAACCAAGAGUGGUUAAAUUCCAAGAAGAACAAAACGAAUACAAACCUAGCAAGAAAGAACAAAGGUUAAUACGAAGCGGGAAGGCCCCAACGGUACGAGCCUUAGAGACAGCGGGUCAGAAUGCAGCUGCAGAUUCUGACUCGGAUUCUGAUCAGGAGAGAGACAACCUACGAAACGAUAUAGAAUUACAACGGUUCCUAAAGGAAUCGCAUCUCAUCAGUGCGUUCCAAACUGACAAAGAUACAAUACACGAUUCCGAAUUGCACGGCAAGGCUCGUGCCAGAACCCUAGAGACAAGACUUCAAUCGCUGUCCCAGAUCAACGCGGUGCAGCACAAGAACCUCGAAUCGAUGCCCAUGAACAUACGGAAGGGUAUGAUCAAGAAGCAUACGGGACGUAUCACUAAAUACGAACAAGAAGCACGUGACGCAGGAACGGUGUUGUCACGUGUAUCACGCGGAGAGUUCCGUCGCAUCGAGUCCACAUACAAGAACGACAUCGAGAGACGUAUUGGACGUGGGAAGCUAAAAAAGAGAUCGGGUGCCAUUAGAGACUUCGGAUUGAAGGUACAGAGCGUGGGUCAUAGCACUCGUAACGGAUUGAAGUUGAGUGCUGCGGAUAUCGCCAAAAUAAAGGGAGCAAGUGAAACGACGUGGCUUGCACGUGCUGACAAGAAUUGA